AUGACGAAGCCUAAUGGCGCGCGGUCCGUCGCGUCGAUGAGCCUCGAGGAGGUGUACAGGAAACGGGCCAUCGACCGGGAGAACCAGAGAGCAUUCAGAUCACGGCAGAAACGCCGCAUCGACGAGCUGGAAGGCGAGCGGAAUGACCUCAAGGAGCUGCUGGCCAUCGCCAACGAGCAGAUCGAGCGGCUCAAGACCACCAAUGCCGAGCUGCUCGAGACGAUUCGCUCCGCGCAGGCCGUUCUGGGCAGCUUCGGCCCGGGCGCCAAUGUGACCGGGUCUCCGGGCGGCGUGGACGUGGCGAGCUUGGAGCAGCAGUCGCCGCCGCAAGUGCAGCAAGGUCAGGGUGCGGCCUACAACCUCCGGGCCCAGCAGGAGCCGACGCCGCCGUACUCGGUGUCGGUACAGGAGCUGACGGACAAGAACACGGCCGUGGUGGACCCAUCGACGGGCAUCAGCUUUGAUCUGUCGCAACUGGAGGAACUGGACGCGUCGUUUCAGUUCUGGGACGAUGUCUCGUUUCACUGUGAGUGGUUUCGCGAUGCCUGGCAGAUCCUGCGGUUCCCUAAUACUGACCCCUUCCCCUCAGCCGGCGGUGCCCUCGCCUCCAACGCCCUCAGCUUCGCCUUCCCGACGCCCACGAUGCUGGACCACAUCCAGGACGCGUCCUCGCUGCCGAUGCUCCUGGACCAGCCGCCGCAGCUGCCGGUCUGGGAGCGCCUGCCCCUGCACGUGGAGCCGACGACCAAGCUCGACGCGAGCCUCCUGCGCAUCAUCGAGGCCGGCCGGCGGCAGCUCGCGACCGUGGGGCAGAUGCCCGAGCUGACCGAGGACGCGCCGGGGGCCGCGUCCUUCCCCAGCGUCGCCUCGCUGCUGAACCCGGGCGCGCCGGGCAACCAGAAGAACGCCAUCGCCGCGGCCGUGGGCCACGACUGCCGGAUCCUCGUCACGGCGCGGGGCCUGCCGGAGCGCAUCGCCUUCAUGUACAACAUGUGCCGGCUGAUCCGGUGGCUCGUCUCGCCGACGCGCGCCAACUACGAGUCGCUGCCCGAGUCGCUGCGGCCCGUGGGCGCGCAGCUGGCCACGCCGCACCCGGUCUGGAUCGACCUGCUCGUGUGGCCGCGGGCGCGCGAGCGCGCCAUCCGCGAGAUGGACUGGUCGCAGUUUGAGCGCUUCAAAGCCGAGUGCCCCAUCUCGGCCAACUGGGGCCGCGAGCCGUCCGAGGUCCUGCGCGCGAGCGAGGACAAGACGGAGCUCAGCCUGAGCCCCGAGUUCGAGCGGCACGUGCGGGACCUGCGCAACUGGACCGUCGGCAAGGACACGGCCAAGCUGUUCCCUUGCUUUGACUGCCUGCCGACCGAGGUGCAGAGGUGA